GCCCGAAUCUUGCCGUUUAACUUGGGAGCUUUUGACGGAAGAAAACCCCUUCGCUUCCAUUUUCCACCACUGCGAAGAACGGGCAGCGUUGCCCCAGCCCACCUCCAAGAAGCAGACGAUCUCUCCUCCUCUCUCCGCCAGCCAUGAGCCUCUUCGGUCUGGGCAGGAAUCAAAAGACAUUCCGCCCAAAAAAGAGCGCGCCAUCAGGGAGUAAGGGUGCACAACUACGGAAGCACAUUGACGCCACUCUGGGUAGUGGAAACCUGCGGGAAGCAGUACGACUUCCUCCAGGGGAGGAUGGAAAUGAGUGGCUUGCUGUCAACACUGUGGAUUUCUUCAACCAGGUCAAUGUGCUCUAUGGUACUCUCACUGAAUUCUGCACACCUGAGAUCUGUCCUACAAUGACUGCAGGGCCCAAAUAUGAGUAUAGAUGGGCUGAUGGUGUACAAAUAAAGAAACCCAUAGAAGUUUCUGCUCCCAAAUACGUAGAAUAUCUGAUGGACUGGAUUGAGGCUCAGCUCGAUGAUGAAUCCAUAUUCCCCCAAAAGCUUGGUACACCCUUCCCUCCAAACUUCAAAGAAGUUGUGAAGACAAUAUUCAAACGUCUCUUCCGUGUUUACGCCCACAUAUACCAUUCACACUUUCAGAAGAUCGUGAGUCUCAAGGAGGAGGCUCAUCUCAAUACCUGCUUCAAGCAUUUUAUCCUCUUUACGUGUGAAUUUGGUUUGAUUGACAAGAAGGAGCUUGCGCCACUUCAAGAGCUUAUAGAAUCCAUCAUUGCGCCAUAUUAGGACUGAAAAUAUGUCUGCAAACCUACUUAAUUAUAAGACAUCCGGUGCUGUUUUACGCCUGGAGUGUGCUAUCUAUUAACGUCGUGAAAGCUUUGAGUGUUUAUUGCUCUGAUUUGCCACAUUUAUAAGGUGGCUGCCAUCUGUAAUAUUAUUCAAAUAAAAUGCUAAUCAUUAGUAUUUGUGAUGUGUUAAUUCUCUUA